UGACGUUUGAUAGGUAGAUUUGAUUGAUACGUCCUGUCGUUCGAUUAUCGAAUGAUGUGAGAUACAGUGUUUUAUACCCUUAAAUAUUUAUCGUAAUUGUAAAUAUAUAUGCGAAACCAUGUCAGACGUAAACAUGGAAAAGUUCGCGGUACCAGAAUUCGUACCCGAACGGUACGUAAAAGAGUUAGCAAAGUCAUGUGUCGGAGGGGAGGAGCUAGCCCAGCAAAAGGAGAAAAUUAAGAAUUUAGCCGAAGAAACCGCAAGUGCCCUGAAGAAAAAUGUUUACGAAAACUACAUGCAAUUUAUCGAGACUGCUACUGAAAUAUCCCACUUAGAAACUGAAAUGUACAAACUCUCGCAUUUGUUAAGUGACCAACGAAUAGUUCUUACAACUUUAUCUCAAGCUUCGAUUUUAGGCAAUGAAAAUACGUUAUCGCGCGAGUCAAUCGAUAACCACGACUUAGAAGCUGAGAAAGCUGAAGAGGAGAGGAAAAAUAAACUCACGUUGAUAACUGAAAAGGUUGAAAACUGCAUGAAUUUAUUGGACACACCAGAAAGACAUUUGUUACACGAAGGUGACCUGCUAGAGAUUGACGCUGAAGAAAACACUGCACUGCAAAGAAUGCAUGUGUAUUUAUUCAAUGAUUGUCUCAUGCUUACUUCUUGGAUUUCCAACCGACGUGGUCCAAUGAGAUAUAAAUUUCAAACCAGUUACCCCAUUAGUACUCUAGCUGUAGUAAAUGUACGUGAUUUAGGUACUGUGAAACAAGCAUUUAAGGUACUAGCUUUCCCUGAUACUAGAGUAUUUCAGUGUAACAGUUUAGCAAUAAAAAAAGACUGGCUUGAUAAGUUUGAUGUAGCAAAAAAAAUACAUAUUGAAAAAGAGAACUCUAAACUAAAGAAAAAGGAUUCACAGGAGAAGGUCAGACACGAGUCGUUAGAUUCACCUAGUCUAUCGGUGGAAGAGAUACCAUCUCCACAAGUCACUCCACUUCCUGAUUGGUUAGCGGAUGUUACUGAGGAGUUAGAUGUUUUGAUUGUAGAGAGACAUUUUCAAAAGACCUAUGAUUUAAUGAUGUCUGCUCAAAAAACUUUAAGUACAGAGGAUUUUAUAAACCACCCUCAAAAGAAUGAAAUAUUAAAGAAGAUUGAGCAGAAACAGAAAGCUUUGACUGAAAUUUUACUUAAAGAACUCGAUGCCACUCAUAACUGGAGUCCACGAGGAGGUCUGCGCUCAACGCGUAACCCAGUUCUAAUACUCAAUAAAUUUAACAUGACUAGUCAGGCUUGUGAAUUGUUUUUGAACAUAUGUAGCCACACAGUCAAAGCCCAUGUUAAAGCAGUUCAACUUGAAGGUUCUAUUUAUAGUUAUGUAAAACAAGUGGGAGAGGUUUUCUUCUGCUCACUGAGUGAUGCCUUAACAGAAUUUAUUUCCUUAUUCCCUAAAAAUAAACUGAGCGCUUUUAUAGUUUGGGCUAGUAUGCAAUUAAGAAUUCUUAUGAGUCAAAUUAUUAAACAAGUAUUUACACCGCAAUGUGCAUUAGAUUCAGUUUUAGAGUGUGUACAGAGUUUGAGGGAGCAGUGUGAUCUAUUUUGUGAGUUUGGUUUAGAUUUAAGAUUUCAGAUGAAUAGCUGUUUAAGGAUGCCAAUAAUAAAAGCGUUGAGAGAAUACAAGGAGAAAAUUGUUGAUUCAAUGAAGACUAAGAUAUCGGAAGAUAAGUGGACGCCUGUGAACAUGCAUACGAAAGCUGGAGUCAAUAAAUUUGUAACACAAAUAGAAAAUUUGGGUCUAUCUUUAGUGAGAUACGUUAUAAAUGAAACGUGGGUGGAUUUAUCAAGUAGUACUAUAUGGUUUACGCAGUCAAUUCUAACUUUACAUAAUGUUGGCCUAAAAAUCGUAACCAAGGAUAUGAUGGAUGUGGUCGACGAGUGUAUAUACGCUAUAUUUAACGCCCGCCUCAUGUGUUCAUUGGGGAACGAUACGAGUUACGCGCAAAAGAACUAUAGGUUUCUUUUAGACGUUUUGAUGCCACUAAUGCUUAAAAAUUACAAAAAAGAAGUAGGAUAUGAGAAUGAGAAAUUACUAGAAUUAGCGAAAAAAUUCGGUAUUAGUAUCGCGCCACCAAAGAACAUCACAAAAUACACGAGUAACGAAUAUUUAUGAGAAUAGUCAAACUCAAUAAACGUUGGUAUGUUAAAAUUAUUUUUAUUACGCUGAAGCUUUAAUAAUGUACAUAGUAACGUAAGCGUGCAGGAUUUUUGUAAGUUUAUUUAAACCGAUCAAAUUAAAAUUUAUAUUAUAUGCAAGUUAAAUAAUAUGAAAUUUUAAUAAACCAAACUCAUGGUUCACCAAUAA